AACAGAGAUUCCCCCAUCUACGUUUACAUAUAUUAAUUGAGCACAUGACAUUUACACCUACUGUGACAAAUGAGUUCACUCCCAAUAUAAUCUACAUGGAAAUCCAGAUACGGUGAUGCAAAAGAACAAAGAUGAAAUCAUCCACAAAAAUAAAUGCGGCCGCAAUGGACAGGAUGCAGCCCAUGCAGUUUAAGUUCCGCUUUAUUGACUAUUUAAGACGAGCUAGUAAGAGUCUUGAAUAUAUUCUCUCUGACUCAAGAAGUGAGCGCUGAAGAUCUACUGUGACAAUGGAGACACGCAGGAUCCUCAUGAGGAGUUUGGCUGUUGCGGUGGUCAUUGCAUCUGUGAUCUGGACUACAACAGCUGCAGAUACUCAAGUGGUGUACUCAUGCUGCACUAAAGUCUCCACAGCCAAUGUGACCGAUCCCAUCCUCAAUAUCAGGUUGCAACGUAAAAGUCUUCCAUGUGUGAAGGCUGUCAUCUUUAAUACUAAACGGGGAGAGUUCUGCAUUGAUCCCAAACAACAAUGGGUGGAGAAGAAAGUUAAACAGUUUUUCAGAGCUCAAAGAAACAAACGCCUGACUUCCACACCACCCCCAACAUCAUCUAUUAGUCAUCAAACUCAUGUGGGAGGAGCUACACAAGCAACUGACAGCUCAUCAGUCACGAAUGUCUUAAUAUAAGCUAAUUAGAACACAUAAAAAUAAAUAAAUAAAUAACUAGCUAUAAAGUUUAAGAGAUUUUUCUGUAGUAUUUUGGAACUUUUUUGUAAAUUAUGCACAUUUAAAUUGAGUAUUUAAAAUAUUAUAUGUUGUCAAAUACAUGUAGGAUAAUUUGACAGUGCCAGUUCUUAAUCUAUUCAGAAACUGAAUUAUAGUGAGUGAAACUGUUUUGUAACAAUUGUGGUUUAAAUGUUAUAUUUUAUGUUUCACAUUGAAAUAUAUUUCACUCAAUGUACUAGUAAUGGACUUGUGUCAUUAAUUCAUGUGUCGAAAAGGCUGAGAACAAAGCUGGAAUCUUUUUUUUUUAUUUUUUUAUUUGAUGAUGCAAAUGAACAACUGCAAUCUGAAACUACAAAUAAACUCUGAUCAGCAUGUA